AGCUGCCAGAUUAACACAAGCGCGACAGAUGAUUUCUUCAGUCACGGGUUUGUUGGCAGUCCCAUUGGCCCAUGCCAGGAUAUUCUCAGUCAGGUGAUCAUUGAUAAUGUUACUCCAGGUGUUUUGCCUGCAGAAUUGGCUUACCCUGUAGGCUUAUCUCCACCAAGAAAUUUCAUGGAGCAUCAAUCAUGGGACAGCUUUGUCAGGAAUCACAUUGCUCCCCCAAUGGUCGACACACGGAUGGUAUCCUUUGUUGAAGCCUACCUUAUCCACCUUCAGUCGGUACACGGUCAACAGCUGACCGUUAGCGAGGCAAUCUCAAUUAUCAGGCAUUACCUGCAGUCAGCUCAUCCUUGCUUGCAUCACGAUGCACACUUCAGACACUUCGCAUCUCCGUCGAUGCCACUUGUCGCUCCUGUCGAAGUUUCUCCCAUGUCUUUUGACGUUGUGGACAUGGGUUCAGGAACCAGCGUAGGUAUUUCCAUGGAAGGACCGGCUGUUUCUGAAACCGACAGCGCUUUUGGGAUUUACGACAUGAAUUCUCUUCGUCGGAUCUUCGUAGAAGAAGGCCGUUUCAAGGUGGAAUGCUUGUGGCCUAAUUGCGGGAGGAUAGUGAUGAAAGACAAUCACCCCCGGCAUGUACGGGAGUGUCACCAGCGUGCCACGAGAGGAGCUGUGCGCCCAAAUUAUGGAUUUCACAUGCAUGGCGGCUGAUGCAAGGAGAUUUUCUGACGGAUUGUAUUUCUUUUUA